GACUUAUUGAAAGCGUCUGACACGUUCAGUGGAAGUGCUCUUAUUUUGAAGUCAGUUCUCACACUACCGUAAUCUCUAGUAUACACCGGCAGCGUGCGGGCGGGCGAGCGGGACUGUGGUUAUCGAAGCGGAGCCUGGCUUGAGCGCACCAGUGGGCGGGCACUUCAGCGCACACACGCACACACACACACACACACACACACACGCACACACACAGCGGUCCAAUAAAAUAAUAUAAAGUUAUGACACAUGUGUCACUAAACGAGGAGCCGCGAGGACGCUGCUCAGCCCUCUAACAGGAGACACGUUACCGGAGGCUCUCCGGUGUUGUACCACGUGAUGCGCCUCGCGUAACUUCUGCCGGAGAGACGCAGCUUCCCCCCGCGUAACGACGUCUAUGAGUCAGUCGACUUUCGUAACUUCAGAAGAAGCGCAAGUCGCCGCGCGGAGCCGCGAGAACCUUCAGACGGAGGAUGACCAGAAGAUGCGUCCACCACGCUCGACACAGGUGCUUCCUGUUGUCUCUGUCUCUGCUGGCCGUCUGCCUGCUCAAGCUGGUCCACGUCAAGGUGACGCUGAGGGACGGCAUCUACUACGACGUGGCGGGCGGCUUCUCGGAAACGACCGGGGCGCAAGCGUACGACAUCAACUGCACCGGCGUCUACGAGCUGGACCCGGUGGAGGUGGGCAAGGCUCUCGCCAUCAAACGCAAGGUCACGGUCAACGUGGACGACGACGGCACGGUGGCCUUGACCUCGGACUGCCAGACGUUCGUCACAGCGAGGGGUUACGGGGGGGUCCCGGUGUCGGAGGCGGAGCGGGGAUUCCCGCUGGCUUACUCCAUGGUGGUGCACAAGAACGCGCCCAUGGUGGAGCGCAUCCUUCACGCCAUCUACGCCCCCCACAACGUCUACUGCAUCCACUACGACCAGAAGUCCUCGCCGGCCUUCAGGAGAGCCGCUCAGAACCUGGCCCGCUGCCUGCCCAACGUGUUUAUCGCCUCGAAAUUGGAGUCGGUGGAGUACGCGCACAUCAGCAGGCUCAACGCCGACCUCAACUGCCUCUCUGACCUGCUGAGGUCAGAGGUCAAGUGGAGGUAUGUCAUCAACCUGUGUGGCCAGGACUUCCCCCUCAAGUCGAACGGCGAGCUGGUGUCCGAGCUGAAGCAGCUGAACGGGAGCAACAUGCUGGAGUCCAGCCGGCCCAGCAAACUCAAGAGACGGCGCUUCAGCUUCCGCCACGAGCUGAAGAACGUGCCCUACGAAUACCGCCGCAUUCCCGUCAAGACGGCCGCGCCCAAAGACGCCCCCCCGCACGGCAUCGAGGUCUUCAUCGGGAGCGCCUACUUUGUCCUGUCGCGCAAUUUCGUGGAACACGUGAGCAGCAGCCGGGUGGCGAAGGACUUCCUGGCGUGGUCCGCCGACACGUACUCACCGGACGAACACUUCUGGGCCUCCCUGGUGCGGGUCCCCGGGGUGCCCGGCCACGUCGCCCGCUCGGAGGCCGACAUCAGCGACCUGAGGAGUAAGACGCGCCUGGUCAAAUGGAACUAUUUGGAGGGGAACCUUUACCCGGCGUGCACGGGGGAACACAUGCGCAGCGUCUGCAUCUACGGCGCGGCCGAGCUCCGCUGGCUGCUGAACUACGGACACUGGUUCGCCAACAAGUUUGACCCCAGAGUGGACCCGGUGCUGAUCAGGUGCUUGGAGGAGAAGCUGAUGGAGAAACGGAAGUAUGUGUGAAGCGGAUCCGGGAUCGGUUAAGUUAUUAGGCCCCGCUGCCGGUUCAGCCCAGUCGCCAUGUUGGCGCCAAGGUUUCUAGAACAAAACGGAUGAAGGUUGUUUUGCACUCGGCCCGAGUGGCAGAAUAUAUGCUGAGUGUGGAAGGUUCUGGUGUAUAAUGAUCAGAGGGAGACCAGUGUGAACUGUUAUUAUCCAUUGCUAUGUUAUAUUUUAUUUAGACAUGCUAAAAUGUUAAAAUAAGGUGUGGAAAUACUUUAUAACACCCGAUGGCGUCAUCGGUGUAUUUAGCAGCACAGAGGACAACAUGCAGGGUUUUUAUCAGCGGUUACAAAGAACGUAUUAAAACAUCACUCUGCACCUUUCAACGGCUGCUCGAGGCAUCUGAUCCCCCAAAAGUGCCUUUGUUAUUUUAGGGCUACUACAUGAUAUCCAAUCUGAACACGGCACCCGAGUUGCUCCUGAAUAUGGUUGAAUGUGAUUCGAUGAGAGAAGUUCUGCUCAAUGAAACGCUGCAUGUUAUAGAUAUGACUUGAAAACCUCGACAGUCAAUAUAGAAAGGUUGAAAUUUCCCUGAAUAAAAGUAUGGUGCUUUUUAAGAGGUA